CAAGGCAAUUGGCGACGAGGGACGGGAAGAGGGUUACAGUAUGGCAUGCAAAGAUGGUUCCUGCCAAGGAGACUGUGAACAUGCUUUCCGCCGGUUACCUCUCCACUCUGGUUUACUUUCUUCUCUACGUGGCAAUGUGCAGCGUAGGUGAGACCUCCGGGAAGAUCAAGAAGGAGGAGAAAUUAUAUCCAGAAAAUUUUACCCGGAUACUGGAUAGACUCUUAGAUGGCUAUGAUAACCGCUUGCGACCUGGAUUCGGGGGUGCAGUUACAGAAGUCAAAACAGAUAUAUACGUGACGAGCUUUGGACCAGUGUCUGAUGUCGAGAUGGAGUACACAAUGGAUGUGUUUUUUCGCCAAACCUGGGUGGACAAAAGGCUAAAGUAUGAUGGCCCUAUAGAAAUUCUUCGUCUCAAUAAUCUGAUGGUCACUAAAGUCUGGACGCCUGAUACCUUCUUUAGGAAUGGGAAAAAAUCAAUUUCCCACAAUAUGACAGCGCCUAACAAGCUAUUCAGAAUUAUGCAGAAUGGGACCAUUCUGUACACCAUGAGACUUACCAUAAAUGCAGAGUGUCCUAUGAGACUGGUUGAUUUCCCAAUGGACGGCCAUGCUUGCCCGCUUAAAUUUGGAAGCUAUGCAUAUCCUAAAAGUGAGAUGAUAUACACAUGGACCAAAGGACCUGAAAAAUCAGUUGAGGUGCCCAAAGAGUCAUCCAGUUUGGUACAGUAUGACCUUGUUGGGCAAACUGUAUCGAGUGGUACAGUUAAAUCCAUUACAGGAGAAUAUGUGGUGAUGACAGUCCAUUUUCAUUUGAAGAGAAAAAUGGGUUAUUUUAUGAUCCAGACUUACAUACCCUGUAUUAUGACAGUUAUUCUCUCUCAAGUGUCAUUUUGGAUUAAUAAGGAAUCUGUUCCAGCUCGAACAGUUUUUGGUAUAACAACAGUUCUAACUAUGACAACGCUGAGUAUCAGUGCACGACACUCUCUUCCAAAGGUCUCCUAUGCCACUGCAAUGGACUGGUUCAUUGCUGUCUGCUUUGCCUUUGUGUUCUCUGCUCUGAUUGAGUUUGCUGCUGUUAACUACUUCACCAAUGCCCAAGCUGAGAAAGCCAAAAAAAGGGCAGCCAAGCUUUUUGCUACAUCUCCACCCACUCCAAUAAAGACAGUGACUGACUCAGAGGAAGUACUUCAGAAACCAGAUUCGAAUGGCAAUUUGAGGAAGAGAAUUAACUUCUUGGCACAGUCAGAUGUUCUUGCAUUUGAAUCGAACCCACUUGCACCCAAACUAUUUGAACCAACUCUGAAACAUUCUUCACCCAACACUGCGCCGUCUGCCUUCGCCCCUCCUGCACUUUCGCCUCCAGGUAGCGGAACAAGCAAAAUUGACAAAUACGCUCGCAUACUUUUCCCGGUUACGUUCAGUGCAUUUAACAUGGUCUAUUGGGUGGUGUACCUCUCGAAGGAUACAAUGGAGAAAUCAGAAGGUGACUUGUAAUUUUGCUGUUGCAGAAACGUUUUAGUGUAUGUUAUAACAAUUUGAAUCCAUGAAGUAAUGCAGCGGUUUCAUUAAAGGUUUAUUGGUUGAAUGUGUGAGAACAGCAGGUUUCCCAGUGGUAACUGAUUGUAUCCUACUGUUACAAGCUAAAAUGUGUACUCAUCACUGAGACCGAGCUUCUAUUACUAUUUACAUCUUCAUAUCUAACCAAAUAUUGAAUUGGUUGAUAUUUUAAUAUAUAUUAUAGAAAGCAGGAGUAAUGUGACAGAGGUCCGCAUGGAAGAGAAUUAUAGUUAAGAAAAACAAACAUAUAUGAAUGUAAUAAAGUAAAGUUUCAAGUUUAGAACUUGAAGAUUCACUCUAAGCAAAUGUUUUACAUUUUUCAUGGCUGUGCAACACUCCUUUAAAGUAAUAUAGUACUUUUAUAGAACUUCCGAUAUAUAUAACCACUGACAAAACA